AUGAAAAUAAAAAAUAACCGAGAAGUCACCAUCAACAUAAUCACCACCACCGCCAUCAUCAUCACCAUUGCCACAUCUACCAUCACUACUACUAUUGAACCCCUAUUUGUUUCUCUUUCUUCUUCCCAUCUAUCUAUCUAUCUAUCUAUCUAUCUAUCUAUCUAUCUAUCUAUCUAUCUAUCAAAAAUGGAAUUAAAUUAUGAACCCUGUUACAAGACGUUCUCUAUCUAUGAGAAAAAUAACCUCCCAUGCCAAACCUGCAAACAUCUAUCUAUCUAUCUCAGUCUUUUCUUAUCUAUCUAUCUAUCUAUCUAUCUAUCUAUCUAUCUAUCUAUAGUCUAUCUAUCUAUUUCUAUCUAUCUAUUUUCUAUCUAUCUAUCUAUCUAUCUCAGUCUUUUCUAUCUAUCUAUCUAUCUAUCUAUCUAUCUAUCUAUCUAUCUAUCUAUCUAUCUAUCUAUCUCAGUAUUUUCUUAUCUAUCUAUCUAUCUAUCUAUCUCAGUCUUUUCUUAUCCAUCUAUCUCAGUCUUUUCUUAUCUAUCUAUCUAUCUAUCUAUCUAUCUAUCUAUCUAUCUAUCUAUCUCAGUCUGUUCAUAUCUAUCUAUCUAUCUAUCUAUCUGCAUAUACCAAAUUUCGUCUUUCUUUCUUUCUUUCUUUCUUUCUUUCUUUCUUUCUUUCUUUCUUUCUUUCUUUCUUUUGUUCUUUCUUUCUUUCUUUUAUUUGUUUCUUUUUGUUUUUCUUUCUUUCGUUCAUUCUAUAUUUUAUUUCUUUGUAUUUUUCUUAUUUUCUUACUUUUUCUGUUUUUCUUUCUUUCCUUGUUUCUUUUCUUUCAUUGUUUUUUCUAUGUUCGUCCUUUUCUCUUUCUUUCUUUCUUUCUUUCUUUCUAUAUUUUCUUUCUCUUCUCUAUUUCUUCCUUUUGUAAUUCUUGCUUUCUUUCUUUUGAUUUUUUCUUUCCAUUUUUUCUUUUCUUUCUUUCUUUCUUCCUUUUUGUUUUUCUUUAUUUCUUUCUUUGAAUUUUUCCUUUCUUUUAUUUCUUUCAUUUUUUAUAUCUUCCCUUAUUUUUUAUUUGAUUUUUUCUCUGUUCGUAUUUUUUCUCUUUAUUCUUUCUUUUUCGUUUUCUUUUUCCUUUUUGUCUUUCUUUCUUUCUUUCUUUCUUUCUUUCUUUCUUUCUUUCUUUCUUUCUUUCUUUCUUUCUUUCUUUGUUCGUCCUUUUCUCUCUCCUUCUUUCUUUCUAUAUUUUAUUCCCUUUUUUCUCUUGGUCUUUCUUUCUUUUUUUCUUUCUUUCUUUAUUUUUUCUAUGUUCGUCCUUUUCUCUUUCCUUCUUUCUUUCUAUAUUUUCUUUUUUCCCUUUUGUCUUCUUUCUUUCUUUCUAUGUUCGUCCUUUUCUCUUUCCUUCUUUCUUUCUAUAUUUUCUUUUUUCCCUUUUUCUUUUGGUCUUUCUUUUUUUCUUUCUUUCCCGCCUAUUUAUUUCAAUGA